UGUUGUGCAGCGGCUAGCCUUGGACCGGCAGCUCAUCCACGAAAUGAGUUUUUAACGCAGUUUUUUGGUGUUUUUUAGUCUUUUUUUUAGCAGGGCAGCUCGUUCUCCUCCAGGACAUUAACCCACCGGACAGUUUCAUCACAUUUAACCUCCAGGAGAAGCCGGACAGCAGCUAACCUAGCCUAGCUGCUAGCUGCUAGCCUGCUAGCCUCCAGUGACGUCUGAUUGAAUCGUCGUCAUGGCGUCACAGUUUAAAAUCCCGAAGAAGAAACAGGCGACGGGCUCCGACUCCGCCUCGCUGCAGAUGCAGUCGCCGCUGUCCCGCCUGCAGAACCCCGCACAGGAAUUUAAGAGUUACGGAGAUCGGUCCGGGAGAGGCGACGCCGACAGGAUGCAUGCUGGGAGUUCACUGGGCUCUACGGACGGACAGAGCGCUCCAUGUAAACCGUUCUUCAGAGACGUCGUGAAAACUCUUCUGGGACUCAACAGCCCGAGCAGAGGAGCCUCAUCGGCCAAUCACAGAGCAGCAGGAAGUCUGAACCGCCAAUCACAGAAAGCCGAGGCGUCGUCUGUCGGUUUGUCCAACGGCAGGUGGCGCCCAAAGCGAGCUUCUGACCGCCUGCUGCAGCCCGACGCCUCCUCAGAGCGCCGCUCGCCACCACAGAAGAAGAAGAGUGAAUCCUGUGGUUCUCCAGAGGUGAAGAAGAUCUCGGUGGCUUCGUUCGACUCUCUGGCGGCGCUGCGAGGUGACGAGCAUGAUGGGAGUUUGAGUUCGUCGCCAUGGAGACGAGACGAGGGGACGUCCGACAGCAGGAAGUCCUCCUCGUCUCCUCUGAAGCAGCAGAAGAAGAACUCGUCUCUCUCCGACUCCGAGGACGACUUCCUGUCUCCGUCCAGACCCAGAAACAAACCUUCCCCUUCCUCCUCCUCUUCCUCCUCCGUCUCCAUGGUGACGCCCGACAGGAGGCGGAGUCUGGACAGGACGUUGAUGCAGGGCGACUGGAGGGAGAAGGAGAGAGAGAGAUGGAGGGAGUUCAAAGCGAGGAAGACGAGCAAGUCGGCCGUUCUUCAUCUUCGUCUGCGUGCAGCGAAGCCGACGCCGUCAGAGCCGAUCGUGCUGUCCAGUGAGGAGGAAGAGGAGGAGGAGGAGGAAGAGGAGGGAGCAGACGCAGGGAACACGACACAAAGCGGCGGCCGACUGGAAUCGCUCUUCUCUGAACAGACGCAGGAUCAGCAGGUCGGUCGUCAUGGAGACGGAGCGGACGAGCUCGCCGCGCCUCCUUCCUUCCUGCAGCUGGACUUCGUGUCUCUUCACGCCGGCCUGACGCACGCCGACGCCAACGGACACGUGAUGAUCACUGAGAACGGCAUCACUCUUCCUCUGAAAGGCGUGGAGGAGGGCGAUGUCACCGUGGUGGCGUCUCAGGUACGAGGUUACGGUGUUUGGGACGGAGGCGUGGCUCGGGGCGGGACCCUGCUGGCCGGCUGGGAAGGCCCCGCCCCCUCGCUGCUCUUCCUGUGGGUGACCGACGCUCAGGCCAACCUGCUGCAGAGAGAGCUCGCCGCCAUCCAGACCGCCGCCACCGCAGGCCCGUCCUGCUCCUUCCUCCUGCUGGUGCUGAAGGAGCAGCUGCAGGAGCUGCAGGCCGCUCUGCUCGCUUCCAUCCUGGACAUGGAGGAGUUCAGGAAGGGCCGCUCCUCCUCUUCCUCCUCCUCCUCCUCCUCCUCCUCCGCCGCUGGGCCCAGCUCCCCUCUGGACUGGACCGACGGGCUGCUGCUCCUCCACAGCUGCCCUCCUCCUCUGGACCAGCACCUCCUCCGACUGCUGGGACACUCCCAGGUGAGGAGCAGAAAGUCCUGCCUGAGAUCAGCAGGUGUGCAGCAGCUUCCCAGCAGGCUGAUCCAGUACCCGGCGGCUCCGUGUAAAGGCCGCAUCACGGUGAGCAGAGAGGAUCUUUUCUGUCUGAACGACGGCGAGUUUCUGAACGACGUCAUCAUCGACUUUUACCUCAAGUUUCUCCUCCUAGAAGGAGUCAGUGACUCCGUGUCCAGCAGGAGUCAUGUGUUCAGCAGCUUCUUCUAUAAACAGCUGAGUCGACGUCGAGCAGCCGGAGAAGACGACGUCGCCUCCGUCCCAGAUCGUCACACGAGGCAUCAGAGAGUGAAGACGUGGACUCGUCAUGUCGACAUUUUCACCAAAGACUUCCUGUUUAUACCCGUCAACCAGGAAGCUCACUGGUUCCUGGUGGUGGUUUGUUUCGCUGGUCUGCAGGAGAUUCAGUACGAGACUCGUCAGAGCAGAACAGGAAGUAACGACGACUCAUCACAGCAGCCGCAAUGUUCAGAGCUCGGCUGCCUGAGAGAGACGGUGCUACAGAGGUCUUGUAUCCUGGUCAUGGAUUCUCUGAAGCUCAGUUACCAUGACAACGUGUGUCGACUACUCAGAGACUACCUGCAGGUAGAGUGGGAGGUGAGGAGAGGAACUCCUCGGCUCUUCACAGCCGACACCAUGAGAAGCUCCAGCUGUCGAGUUCCUCAGCAGGACAACAGCAGCGACUGUGGACUCUACCUGCUGCAGUACGUGGAGAGCUUCCUCAAGAACCCGGUGGUGCACUUUGAACUCCCGCUGCGUUUGGACGGCUGGUUUCCGCGGCAACAGGUGCGAAGGAAGCGCGAGGAGAUCCGCAGGCUGAUCAUGAAGAUGUACGACGGCCAGCAGCGACGGACCAAACACAACUUAAUUUAAA